AUGACAGAUGACAUAUUUUUGGGAUUGACUUCUGUCCAACAAUUUGAUGCUAAAUUGAAACUAUUUCAUCAGAAACGACAUUCCAUGAGUCAAAUUAGUACUGCUCACAAUUCCACAUUGAAGAGUCUCAAAUCUACAAUAGGUGAUGGAAUGCCAAUGGUUUCAUUUCUGGAUACUUUUGUUGAGAGAGUCCAUUAUCUGGUAUCUCAUUGUAAUGAGUUGUCCGAUAGAAAUGAAUGUGUUCGCAUUGCUUUGGAAUUAGGGAUAUCCUUUUAUAAGGUUUAAAGUCUUGGUUCUCAAUAAGAGCGAGAGGAUUUCAUAAUAAAACAACUCUAAAAUUAGGUGGUUGAGUAAUUGAGGUAGUGGAAAAUCAAAAUGGAGUAGAGAGAACUUCAACGCACUAAAACCAAGGUGAUUCAUGAAAAUGAGAAUAAUCUAAACAUAUUCAAUUGGGUUGAAAUCCACACUAAAUUCAGAAGUCUCAAGAAGAAACUCAAAUUCGCAUUGAUUGAAAUUCUGAAUUCCAAGGAAAAUACCAAGAAAAUAUAUUCGUCUGACAAUGUGACCAACAUUGCUUAUAAAAAACCUGAUAUGCAAUCCAUUAUCGAUGAAUUAAACAAUUUAUUACACAAAAUCAAGAAACAAAGCAAAGUGAACACAAACAUCUAAUGGUCUAAUGAAAAAGAAACCGAUUUCAAAGUAAAAAGGAACUCAGCAAAACAUAGAUUGGGUAUGUUGGUUAAUAGCAAUUCAUUUAAUACUAUUGGAAUGGGAGAGUACAUCAUAACUCAUGACAAAGACAAAUAGGAUCAAUAAAGAAGAGAAGAACUCUUGCUUAAAUAUGACACUCAAUAAGCCAUGACAGAAGAAGAGUUGUUGUAUUUGGUCAACACCAGCAAUCUCUUGAAUAAGUGUUCGAAUAAAAAGUAUAUGAUUAUCUAUUUUCAGAUUGUUAUAAACAGUCAUCAAUUAAUUGGACUCAGAAGUGAUUAGUGAUAUCGAAUUAACAAUAGCCGAGAAUAUCCUAAAUCAAUACUAUAGAAUAUCUAAGGAAAUGAAUUAGAGUAGACAUCUCUACUUAAAAGUUAACUAAAAGGCAAAGGAAAAGGAGAGAUCAGAAAUUAACAUUCAACAAACCAAUAAAGGGGAUAUCAAGAAAUUAAAGGUACAUCUGAAUCACUACUAUUAUUAUAGUUCAAAUUUCUGAAAAUGCUCAGAGAAAUGAAGGAAGAUAGAAAAGACACUCUCAAAGAAAACACUGAUAAAUACAAGAUCUUCUAUCAAGAAUAUAGAAGAGGCAAUCCCAUAGCAAAUCCUUUGGUUUGGAAAUUCAAAGACAUUAUGAUGUCCAUAUUAGAAAGAAAAGUAUCAUUCAUCUAUAUUUAGAAAAGAGAAAAGAGAGAAAAGAAAUUAGCUACGACCAAUGAUUCAAAUAAACCCAUUUUCCCAUCUAAAACAGAAAGUCUAACACUAAAAGUAGUCAUGAGAAAAACACAUCCCAGUUCUAAAGUGAUAAUUAAAUCUUAACCUGAUUUGCACUCUAAUCAACCUAAUCCAACUAAAGUAUAGGAUUACUUACUCAAAUUGAAAAAGAAGGAUUAUGAAAUGAACAAACAGAAUUUCUCUUAAUUUUAUUCAGGAGGACCUGUUAGACAAAGACCUUAUGCACAUCAAUCACUCACUAUUGAAGAAAGUGAUACUACUUUACCCUAUGGAAACAAGUGGAUAACUCCUGAAAUUGAAUUGGCUGCAGCUAAUAAAAUUAAGAAGGCUUUCAAAGCCUAUAUCUCCAAGAAAAGAUUUGAAAGAGCUGUUUCCCAGAAGAAAUUUCUAACUCCUCAACCAGCUAAGUUCUAUAGAUUGGUCUAGAAAUUGAAUGAAAAAAGAAAAUAAAUAGAUGUUGAAGAAUGCUAUAAAAGUCUAAAGAUUGCUUUGCAUCAUUAGUAAUAUAGAAAGAAAACUAUAAAAAAGCCACAGAUUGAUUAUUCAAAAGUUGCCAUUCCAAAAACCAUGAUAUAAUUGAAAUUGAAAUAACGGAAAUUGUUUUUGGCUUUGAAAGUCAAUAACACACUAUGGAUUGAUCAUUCAGGGUUCAUAUUUGAAGCAAGUGAUGUGAAUUGUUAUGAUGUUGACAUGUACUGUCCUUUGUAUUAUGCUGCCAAAUAACAAAGUGUUCUAUUCUGCAAUUUUCUACUCAUUAAUGGUGCCGAUGUUAAUAUGCCAUGCAAAGAUGGAGAAACUCCCACUUUUGCUGCUUUUGCAUCAGGCAAUAUUGUGAUCAUCAACCUAUUCGUGUCCAAUGGAGCAGAUAUUGAUAAAUUGAAUAAUGAAGGAAAAACACCUUUAUGUUACUGCUCCAUUGAAUUGCUGAAAGAACUCAAUUUGCAAUACCGACCUUGUGUGAUUAAAUGAAUACUAAUAUUUCUG